AUGAAGAGAGCUAUUAAGGAUGUACUUUCAAGAAGUAGGCAUAGGUUAUGUAUGUGGCAUAUAUGGGAGAAAUUGAAGACAAAGGUUGGUCCUGUUUUGUCAGCAAACACUGAUUUUAAUACAAGAAUGACUCAUGUUGUUUGGAAUGAUACUAUUAUUCCAGAAGAUUUUGAAAGUGAGUGGCAUUCAAUAAUGUCUACUUUUGGAUUGGAAAAUCAUGAGUGGUUAAAAGAUAUGUACAAUCUUCGAUUUGAUUGGAUUCCUGCUUAUUACCAAGGAGAGGAUUUGGCUGGACUUAUGCGUACUACGUCAAGAUGUGAAAGCGAGAAUUACUUCUUUGGUCAGAUUUGCAAUCCAAGAUGUACACUUGUUGAAUUUUUCACUCAUUUUGAGACUGCAAUGGAUAUUCAAAGGCAUGAGCAUAGGAGGAAUGAUCAUGAUACAAGGUAUAUUCAGUGUAAACCCUGGAGUGACUUUGUAUUGGAGAAACAAGCAUCAGAAAUAUAUACCCAAACAACUUUUAAGGAUAUUCAGAUUGAAAUUGAUGCUGCCAUUACAAAGUGUAUGUCAAAGUCUGUUGAUACUGUGGGUGAUGUUCAAUAUUUUGAAAUAAAGGAUUUCAGACAACCAUACACAUCUUUUUUCAAGGUGCAAUACAGCAAACAAGAAGAUGGUUUAAGUAUAAGUUGUUCUUGCAAACGGUUUGAACAAUUUGGUAUAUUGUGCCGCCAUAUAUUUUACGUAUUACGGUAUGAAGAUAUAAGUGAGUUUCCUAGAAGAUAUGUUCAUAGAAGAUGGAUGAGAGAUGUUGUUUCAGUUGGAUCAAAUCAUUCCAAUAUUCGGUUUGAUGAAAUUGGUAGGAAUAGUGCAAUUGAUAAAGUUUAUAGAGAAAUUGUUGUUGCAAAUGAGUAUGUGGUUAAUAGGCUGGUUGGCGAUUUAGAUGAACUGUGUCGUUACAGGGAUCAUAUUAAAAGUUAUAUUGAUAAAGCGGAUGAGGUUAUGGUUGCUGCGCCGCCUCCUAGUCGCAAAGAAAGAUUUGCUGAUAUUGGAGGGAACUUAGAAAAAUCAGAUUCUAUGAUUCGUGUCCCCAUAAAAAUGAGGACCAAAGGAUGCGGUGUUCAAAAAAGGAUCAAGUCUAGUCGUGAGAUUGCAAUUCAGAAAUCAUCAAAGAUCCAGAAAUCGUGCCGUGUAUGUGGUGGAAAGGGACAUAACAGUCGCACAUGUAAAGAUAAGGUUUCUUCUAAUGCUAUAGGUUCUAGCAAUGGAAUGUAA